AUGGAUCUGGUUGUAGUUCUGGUGCUCUGUCUCUCCUGUUUGCUUCUCCUUUCACUCUGGAAGCAGAGCUCCAGGAAAGGGAAGCUCCCACCUGGCCCCACUCCUCUCCCUAUUAUUGGAAAUAUCCUACAGUUAGAUGUUAGGGAUAUCAGCAAAUCCUUAAGCAAUAUCUCAAAAGUCUAUGGCCCUGUGUUCACUCUGUAUUUGGGCUUGGAGCCCACUGUAGUGUUGCAUGGAUAUGAAGCAGUGAAAGAAGCCCUAAUUGAUCUGGGAGAGGAGUUUUCCGGAAGAGGCAGUUUCCCAGUGGCUCAAAGAGUUAAUAAAGGACAGGGAAUCCUUUUCAGCAAUGGGAAGAGAUGGAAGGAGAUCCGGCGCUUCUCCCUCAUGACUCUGCGGAAUUUCGGGAUGGGGAAGAGGAGCAUUGAGGAUCGAGUUCAAGAAGAAGCCCGCUGCCUUGUGGAAGAGUUUAGAAAAACCAAUGCCUCACCCUGUGAUCCCACUUUUAUCCUGGGCUGUGCUCCCUGCAACGUGAUCUGCUCCAUUGUUUUCCACAAUCGUUUUGAUUACACAGAUCAGAAUUUUCUUAACUUGCUGGAAAAAUUUAAUGAAAACCUGAGGAUUCUGAGCUCUCCGUGGAUACAGGUCUGCAAUAAUCUCCCUGCUCUCAUUGAUUAUCUCCCAGGGAGUCAUAACAAAAUGCUUAAAAAUUUUAAUUAUGUGAAAACUUAUGUUUUGGAGAGAAUAAAAGAACACCAAGAAUCCCUAGACAUUGACAAUCCUCGGGACUUCAUUGAUUGUUUCCUGAUCAAAAUGGAACAGGAAAAGCACAAUCAAGAGUCGGAGUUUACUUUUGACAACUUGAUAGCUACUGUAUCUGAUUUGUUUGGCGCUGGGACAGAGACAACGAGCACCACCCUGAGAUAUGCUCUCCUCCUCCUGCUGAAGCACCCAGAGGUCACCGCUAAAGUCCAGGAAGAGAUUGACCGUGUGAUUGGCAGACAUCGGAACCCCUGUAUGCAGGACAGGAGCCACAUGCCCUACAUGGAUGCCAUGAUACAUGAGGUCCAGAGAUACAUUGAUCUCGUCCCCACCAACCUGCCUCAUGCAGUGACCUGUGAUGUUAAAUUCAGAAACUACCUCAUCCCCAAGGGCACGACCAUAUUAACAUCACUGACUUCUGUGCUGCACGAUGACAAAGAAUUCCCCAAACCAGAGGUGUUUGACCCUGGCCACUUCCUGGAUGAGAGAGGCAAUUUUAAAAAGAGUGACCACUUCAUGGCUUUCUCAGCAGGAAAACGGAUUUGUGUGGGAGAGGGCCUGGCCCGCAUGGAGCUGUUUUUAUUCCUGACCACCAUUUUACAGAAAUUUACCCUGAAAUCUGUGGUUGACCCAAAGGACAUAGACACCACUCCAAUCGCCAGUGGGUUUGUCCAUGUGCCGCCCUCAUACCAGCUCUGCUUUAUUCCUGUGUGA